CAGUAUGCCGAUCGCGUGGAGCAGAAGCAACAUGUGCGGAGACUCAAACACUUGCUCUACUUCAAAAUGUUGGUUAAUAUUUGGAGUCUUCAUUUUCCUCGUGGAGCUAACGAUCGGAGAAAACAAAAUCGACACCCACCUCAAUCGGAAAAGUUGCGGUUUGUCCCAAGCCACGGGCAGGGUUUUCAAUGGUCAGCCUAUAAGGAGGACGCAAAUUCCUUGGAUAGUACAGAUAGUCACACCUUUUCCAAAGCUCAAUGGUGAGGGUAUGUGCGGUGGAAGCAUCAUUUCACGCAAUGUUGUGAUCACUGCAGCACAUUGUUUUCCUGCCACGUCCUUACCAGAAAAAAUUUCCAUCUAUUACAAUUCGACAAAGCCAAAAGCUGGGCCAGUAAAUUAUGUGGACCGCAUUUUUAGGCAUCCCAAAUACAAUCAACGCCAUGCAAUGAAAUAUGACAUCGCACUGUUGAAGGUUCGAAAUAAUUUUAGGUUUGAUAGAUUUGUUCGACCAAUAUGCCUUCCCAAUAGAGAUAUUAUUGUGGGAGAAAGACCAUUAUUAUCUGCCGGCUGGGGAAACACUAAUUCUAAGGAUCUGAAAAAUCUGAUGUAUGUGCAUAUUUACGCAUUGCCACAAAAGAAGUGUGAUUAUAUCAUAAAACAUAUCCGAAGUAAGAACACAAGUGGAUUUGAUUCCAAAUAUGCCCUGUGUGCCGAAGCGUCCAGCGGAACUCCCUGCGGAGGAGAUUCUGGUGCCCCGAUAACCAUAAGACGCAAAAGAGGAAAAUCUGUGCAAGUAGGCAUAGUAAGCGCUGGAUCAACUGGCUGCAACUUCAUGAGUAGAUAUUCAAUCACCGUUCGUGUUUACAAGUUUUUGUCUUGGAUAAAAGAAGCCCUAUACCACCCUGAAAGCUGGAAAAUCAUUGAAAGUCGUAAUCAUGAAUUCGUUUAGUAGCGGGCAUUCUAACUGUCAUAUAUUUUCGAAAUAAAGCUGCAUAACAUGUGCGGCAUCAGAUUUAAAA